AUGUCACCAAUCGCAUCUUCAUCGCGAAGGCGUCGAAUACCACUUGGUGAAUUGGAUAUAUCUUUGUUUCAUCCUUCAACAUCGACAUCGAUAUCGACAUCGGCAAUAACAACGAUAACUCCUUCGUUACCAUCACCGAUAUCCUUACCAUCCAAAAGGGGUUCAUCAUCACUUGAUAUCCCUUCUUCUCCAGGUGGAAGUAAGUCUCGUAAAGUAUCCAGAACAAAAAUCGAUGGUUCAGAAACGAUACGGAAAACUCGUUCUGCUGUAGAUCUAAAAGGUAAAUCAAAACAAAAACAACAAGAUGAUAUUGAUUCGGAAAUGGAAGUCGAAAUGGGAGUAACAUUAACACCUAGAGUCAAACAUGUAUUGGAAAGAGAUGAUUUAGGUACUGGUAAAUCUCCUGUGAGGAGAUUAUUCGUUUCCUCUCCAAAACCAAGCCAAAGUCAAAGUCAAAGUCAGAAUCAAAGUCCUAUAAGUGGAAUAUCAGGUGCGAUCUCUACACCGCCAUCAAAACAUCUUAGUUUACCUUCACUCGAUUCGCCUUCAUCUUCAUCGUCAACAUCAUCGUCAAGUAGAAUGUUAUUUGUUGGACAAUCAGCACCAUUCGAUCCUCAAUCAUCAUCUGAACCUGAGCGAGAUACAUCAAUAUACGAAACAGACUGUGGAUUCUCAAUAUACAAUUCCACAAAGGAUGAAUUAUCUGUAUUUAGAUUAUUACAAUCCGGAAACGGUGAAGGAAUAUCAAGAUCAUCAAGUCCAAAUCCAUCUGAAUAUCAAAUAGAAAACCAAGAGAAUAUUCAACCCAUAUCAUCUUCUUCCUAUCCUCCUUCACCUCGAAGUAAACGAACUACCCCUUCAAGAUACUCAUCCACAUCAUCAAUCACUUCCACUUCAGAGGAUGAGAUCGUCUCUAGAUAUCUUUCUGCUCCUACUUAUUCACCUUCGACAAGUACGAGUGGCAGCGGUACAAGAAGAAGGGAAAGAAGCAAAUUGAUCAAUGAAGUCUUAUUGUUAAGAGGAGAAGGCCCAAUGAGUGAAAUGGUAGAUAAUAAAAUGGAUAUCGACCAAUCACCGGAAGAAGAAUUAACUCCAGGAAAGAAAAUCCUUAGAAGUGGAAAAGGGAGAGAAAGGUUGACGAGAGAAGUCGAUAUGGCUUAA